UUAUGAUCCAUAUGAUUGGCAAACUUACCCAGAUAAAGACGUCUUUAUCAAAUAUUAUCAACAGUUACGCGAGAGCGAUGCCUUAAAUUUGUUACUUGCUUUUUUGAGAGUGGUAACAUGCAUAUUAAUGAGAGAAAAUAAGAACAAGGGUAGUGUCAGAACCGUGUUUACAAAGAGGAAGAGAACCAGCGAUAUUCAUCUAUAAAUUACAAAGCACCUAUCAGAUCUGCUAAAGAUUCUUCCUCCUCUACAUGACAUUCGUUACACCAAGAAUGAAACAGAAGAAAACACUUCAUUUGAUAUUCUGGAAAGAGCUACUUCUGUCUUCAAAAACCCUUGAGUUUCUCUCCUUCCAUGCUGUCCACCGUAUACAAGCAGGAACCAAACCCCACCAUUUCAUCUGUCUAUCUAUGCCCCACAGUUCCAGCUCUUUAGUAGGUCACAAGCGUUGUCUGGCAUAAACCAUUUGAGGCCCACACUGUUAAGGAAGAGUUGCUACAGUUGGUCAGUGUAAGACAAUUAAGAAACAAAUGACUACUGGUUUCUGUUUCUGAACCACAGAGAGAGCACCUAGAGCAUGACUGAAAAUCCCUUCUUCUCAAAUCCUCUUGGGUUAAACGAGCCUCUCUUGCCACCUUCCACGAGAAGCAUAAGACAUUUGUACGAGUUUGACUUUCCAGAUGUAUCUCCAAGGGCAUUGUGCUAGUCUGAGUUACAAGCUGAGAAAUAAACAGGCUUUAAAUAUAUAUAUGGUACGUAAGAAUAGUUGGUUCAGUUUUUAAAAGAAAAAUUGGGGUAGUUUGGGGUUUGAGGUACAAGUGCAUGUGGAAGUGUGAUGGCGGAUGAAAAAUUCAUGGGUGAGACGGAAAAGGAGUCGCCCCCUGAGAAGAAAUUGAAAUUGGAGGUUGAUGAUAACAAGGAUGAUUUGAAGGGUGAGGAUGAUAUAGGAUCUGAUUUGAGGGGUGAGGAUGGAGAGUAUGAUCCAUAUGAUUUCAUGGGUGAGGAUGAUACCGGAUCUGAUUUGAAGGGUGAGGAUGGAGAGUCGAUCAAGUAUGAUCCAUAUGAUUGGCAAACUUACCCAGAUAAGGACGAUUUUAUCAAAUAUAUCAACAGCUACGCGAGAGCGAUGGUUUUGAGUUUGAUGAAUACCCUGGGUCGUGCAUGUUUACUCCCAUCUACCCCAUUCUGGAAUUUGAUCUUUUUCCUGAGUUUGUGGAUAGGAUCAAGGGUUAUGCUUCAAUGGCAAUCAAGCAGUGCUUUGGCAAUGAUGGAAAAGAACGCAAAGUUACGGAUAUUGUGAAGAUAAAUGAAGGUGGUUGUCGUGACUUUACCUACUACAUUACAUUUAAAAUUGAAACUGAUGGGAAAGAAGAAACUUUUCAAGCUAAGGUGGAACGCACGAUUGAGAAAACAAUUGAGAUCCCAAUUUGCAGGCGCAAGGUCGACUAACUUGUUGCUGAAAUUACCUACAGUGACUCGUGUCUUUUGGCCCUACUUUGCUCUUUAUUACUAGAAGAGAGCUAGUAUUAUUGGUUUUGUUAUCUGCUAUAGACGUCUUAUUGGCAGCGUAGACGGUAUUUAUUUUGAUGUUUGUGACUUGUAAUGGCUCCAUGUUUAUGACUAUAAUGUAGUGCUUUUUCUUUUUUCGCUUCAAAA